GGAUUCCCCUCCCUGAGAGCAGCAUGUGGAGGAUCAUUUGCUGGAGCGCUGUGGGGGGCUGGAGGCGCAGGGGAGGAGGAGGAGGAGGUGUUGCUCCCUGUGGGCCUCUUCCCUGAGGCUGGGCCAGAGUUCUCACUGGAGGAGCAAGAUGCUGUCUCUCUUUGUCCGAGGCGUAGGUCCGAGAGGAUUGCAGGGUCUCCUACCAGGCGUGCCUCCCAAAGGAAACCUUUGGUAGAGAAGAAGAUAGUGGGGAGCCCACUUCCAGCUCCAGUGGUGAAGCGAUCAGUCUUAGUGAAAAAGAUCAUGCCCCGAAAACAGCAGGUGACUGGUACUGCUGUGGCUCCAUGGCGCAGCCCCAGGCUAUCCCAGAAAGCAGGAAAGGAGAACUUCCCACUGGAGAGCAGCGAGACCAAAGGAUAUGGAAGCACCGAUGCUAAUCCAGUCUUGGCAUCAUCUCUCCCUGCCAACACCUCAGGCCCUGUGGCAGUGGAGAAGCCUGUUCUGUCUACGGUUAGCACCAAUGUAUGUGACUCCUCUCCUCCCCAGGAUGAGAGGGAUGUGCUGAUGUCUAAGAAAGUGCGCCGGUCCUACAGUCGCCUGGAUGCCUCCUUUCAUCACAGCUCCCCAAGGCACUAUACCUCACCCAGUUCUAACCUGGACAUGUCCACACCCACGUUUAGCCAUGGCUUGCAGAAGGGUUCGCUCUUUGGCUUUGAGAAGCUCCUCGUGCCUGAUGCACUGGCAGACGUGUCUCCAGUGGGUCAGGUUUGCCCUUCCCAGGAGUUGCCCCUGGCGCGCAAGGCACUGGGCUCCAGUAAGGAAUGGGACACAGACAUUCCUGGCAUCUCCUUUCAUAAAGAGAAACGGAAGAAAAAGAAGAUCCCCCAGAUAGAUAAAUCUGAAUUGGAUGAGUGGGCUGCUCAAAUGAAUGCAGAGUUUGAAGAAGCCGAGCAGUUCGAUCUUCUUGUGGAAUGAAGCUUCUCCGCAAUACUAAUCUUUUGUAUAUAGAGCUGUAGUAUUAGGUGUGUAAUGGCAGUAGAGUGUUUUCAGUCUAAAAAUGAAUAAAGUGGCUUUGUCUCUCCUAGCUUUAGAGCACAGCCAUACUGGUCAUACAC